UUUAUGCUGUUGUUGUGGACGAUGAGGAGAGAAUCGGAAAUUCAAAUAUGAGUACUUGGGAACGCUCUGAAUCUUCUUCCUCACCUUCGGCUCCGUCAUGGUUUUCUCACUUCUGGUCGUCGGCGCUCCGGUCCAAACCACUAGUUCCGCCGUCGGAGACCACAAUUCGUGCUACCUCCGGCGAAGGUCUUGUCCGCCGUCUAAGUCUCUUUGAUCUUCUUCUUCUCGGCAUUGGAGCUUCUAUCGGCGCCGGAAUCUUUGUUGUAACCGGCACCGUCGCCCACGAUACUGGUCCAGGAGUCACUGUCAGCUUCAUAAUUGCAGGAGGAUCUUGCGUGCUCAAUGCUCUCUGUUAUGCUGAGUUAGCUUCACGCUUUCCAGCCGUUGUUGGGGGAGCAUACUUGUAUGCUUAUACAGCUUUCAACGAGAUUAUUGCUUUCCUUGUAUUUUCACAGUUGAUGCUUGAUUAUCAUAUUGGUGCAGCUAGUAUAGCUCGCAGUUUAGCAAGUUAUGUGAUUACUGCACUAGAGCUCAUUCCCUUCCUCAAUAACAACAUCCCAAGUUGGGUUGGACAUGGCAGUGAAGAAAUAUAUGGAGCAUUUUCUUUUAAUUUAUUAGCUCCAAUUCUCCUAGUGCUUCUGACAAUUGUUCUAUGUCGAGGUGUUGGAGAAUCUUCAAUAUUAAAUUCAGUGAUGACAGUGACUAAGGUAGUCAUUGUUAUUUUUAUCAUCAUUGUUGGAGUUUUUGAGGUUGAUGUUUCAAAUUGGAGUCCGUUUGCUCCUAAUGGAUUUGAAUCUGUACUGACUGGAGCAACUGUAGUAUUCUUUGCGUAUGUUGGGUUUGAUGCAGUUGCUAAUUCUGCGGAAGAGUCUAAAAGCCCACAAAGAGAUUUGCCAUUGGGCAUAAUCGGGAGCCUGCUUAUUUGUAUUGCAUUAUAUGUUGGAGUCUGCUUGGUGCUCACUGGGAUGCUUCCAUACAAGUCACUUGGGGGGGAUGCUCCCCUGGCUGAUGCUUUUACAUCAAAGGGCUUACAAUAUGUGUCUGUAUUGAUCAGCAUUGGUGCUAUUGCUGGACUUACUACCACUCUCCUGGUUGGGCUUUAUGUACAGUCCCGUCUAUAUCUUGGCCUUGGAAGAGACGGUUUGUUACCAUCACUGUUUGGUGAAGUAAAUCAAACGCGACACACUCCUGUUCAUUCACAAAUUUGGGUUGGAAUUGUUGCCAGUGUCUUAGCAGGAUGUUUUAAUGUGCACAUUCUCUCGCACAUUCUCUCAGUAGGAACCCUGACAGGAUAUUCUGUUGUUUCAGCAUGUGUUGUGACUCUUCGCUGGAAGGAUAAGACAGCCUGUCAGGUGUUUGGCAAGUCUAUUUCUAGCAGGGCAGAAGGUCUCAUAUGCCUCAUUACAGUUGUCUGUUGCGGGUUUGCUGCAGGAGUGUUUUACCGUUUCGGAGCUUCAUUUAUAUUCUUGAUCAUAGCUGUAAUUAUUGCAAUCUUCGCAGCUGCUGCUCUUCAUUUCCGUCAAGUUUAUACUAGUACACCAGGAUUUUCUUGCCCAGGAGUCCCCAUUCUGCCGACUGUUUGCAUCUUCAUCAAUAUAUUUCUCUUUGCCCAGUUGCAUUAUGAAGCAUGGGUCAGAUUUGUUGUUCUCAGCAUUGUUACAGUUGGAAUUUAUGCAGUAUAUGGGCAAUAUCAUGCCAAUCCUCUAAGUUUAAACACAUUAAUCAUUUACCAAAAGGCACCUACAGAAGCUGAUUAAUGAAACCUCUUAAUGGUUUUUAAUGUACCUAGAUUAUAAUUUUAUCAACUGUAAGUAUCUUGACGCUAUUCUUUCCCAUUCAAG